AAAGGUUUCUUCGCGGAGAAGCUGGCAAAUAUUCCGACACCGGAAGCCACCGUGGACGACGUUGAUUUCAAAGGUGUGACACGUCAAGGAGUGGAUUAUCACGCCAAGGUCUCCGUCAAGAAUCCUUAUUCUCAAUCGAUCCCUAUCUGCCAGAUCUCUUACAUCCUCAAGAGUGACACAAGGAUGAUAGCGUCGGGCACAAUACCGGACCCGGGUUCGUUGGUUGGGAAGAACACGACGGUUUUGGACGUACCGGUGAAGGUGCCUUAUAGCAUAGCAGUUAGUCUGAUGAAGGACAUGUGUAUGGACUGGGACAUCGACUAUCACCUCGAGAUUGGGCUGACCAUCGACAUUCCUGUUGUCGGUGACAUUACCAUUCCUAUCUCUACUCAGGGUGAGAUCAAGCUCCCUUCCCUUCGCGACUUCUUUUAA